AUGCAUGCAGCACCAGCAGCAGCAGAUGAAAACGCAGCAGCAGCCGCAGCUGGGGAAGCAGCAGCAGCAGCAGUAUCAACAGCUGGGGAAGCAGCAGGAGGAAGUGAGGAAGCAGCAGCAGCAGCAGCAGAUGGGGAAGCAGCAGCAGCAGCUUCAGCUGGGUUUAGCACCACCAGCAGGAGCAGCAGCAGCAGCUGGGAAAGCUGCAGGGACAGCAGCUGGAAGCAGCAGCACCAGCAGAAGCGGCACCCGGAGCAGCUGGACGACGACAAGCAGCAGCAGCAGCUUGUGGAGCAACUGUUGCAGCUGGAUCAGCAGAAGCAGCAGCUGGAGCAGCAGCAGCAGCACCACGGGGAGGAAAAGCAGCAUCAACAGCAGCAUUAG